CCAGAGAUGGACGGCCCGACGGUGGUCGCCACGGCCGGCCUCUGGCGCCGGCGGACGCAGCAGCUGCUGACCGGUGACCGGCUGCGCGCGGCCUACGACGCGGCCGUCGGCCGGUGGCCGGACCGGUGGCAGCUGCUGCAAUAUUACCUGGCGGAGGACGACACACAAGACUCGCCGCAGAGUGACCGCGACGGAGGGGUCGAAGACGAGGAGCAGCACUACGACGAAGAGGAGCAGCCAUCAGAGGGUCUGCCUCACCCACACCGGCAGAGGUGGCGGCAGAUUGAACAGCAACAUCAGCAGCGGUGGAAGGAGCUGGAACUACAACAUCAGCAGCUAUGGCAGGAGCUGGAGGAUCCAGGAAACGAAGAAAGAGUGAGGAUGGACAAAGACCAUGAAGAGGAGCGUCGGCAUCUGGGCCAGAAGCACGACCAACAGCGACAGAGCCUGCUGGCUCGUCACUACCAGGAGCGCAGUGAGCUCCAUCGGCAGGAAGACAGCGCAGGAAGGCAGCUAGAUGAGCUGGAGCGUGCUGGUGACCUGCAGCGGGUGGGUCGCCUAGUAGACCUGCUGUGUGAAGAGCUAACUGGCUAUCACGACCUGCAUUGGGAAGGCCUGACUGGCGACUGCAAAGUCAAGCUAGAAGAGUUUGAUCUCGAUAACGACAUGCGCUGGGAAGAAGCAGAUUUCUAUCACGAAACGGAGUGGGAGGAUCUGAACCGUCUUCGCCAUAUGCACAACGAACAACUGACUGUCCUUCCAAAACUAUAUAGAGAAGGAUUGGAUCGAUCUCACGGCCUCCAGUGGUUAGAUCUCCAGCACACACUACAGCAGCAGUGGCAAGAGCUGGAGCAGAGACACCAGAGAGAGUCACUGGAGCUGGAGGAGAGAUUCCCGAGCGUUCGGUCGGGGGAGUUGGAUCGGCUGCUGGAGGAAUGCAGCAGCAGACGUCACGAGCUGCAGGAUGAGCUGCAGAAGGAGCUGGAUAAGGAGCUGGAGGAGCAGCUUCAGGAGCCGCUGUGCCUUGUAACAGACCGGCCGCCGAGGGCCGUCGGAGGCGAGGCCAGUGGCGAUCAGCGGCCCGGCUCCGACCUCCGUCCCACCCCUCGGACGGAGGCGUGUCCGGCCCGUCCGGCCGGCAAGCGGCGGCACCAGGAGCCGCCGGCAGCGGACGCCGGCCAGCCGCCGGACGCCAAGCGGGCUCGUCCGGACGUGUCGGACGGCCAGCAGUGACGGGGCCGUCCGACACGGCCCCGUGUCGGCGAGCCGAUGUGUCGGCCAGCUGAGCGGCGCCAUGGACACUGACCGCCCCAUCACCACAGACGUCACCAUCACCAGCAGUGACAGCACCACCGGCACCACCGGCAGGCCUCCGCCAUCAUCACCGUCCCCAGCAUGACCAUCAUCAUGACCAUCACCAGCACCAGCACCACCGGCUCCGGGAUCAAACCCGUCACCAGCAUGUCCGUAAGUGUCGAAUCAUAAAAUGGCAAUGAACAUGUAAAACUCAAAACCUUU